CGAUCAACCACUCACUCUCAUAAGCAAAAGAAUCCUCUUCCGUCUCCCGGCACUUUUGCUCCGUGUCCCAUCUCCCCCCAAUGCCGCGCCGCCGUCCCCCCGGCAAAACCGGCCCCGUCCAGAGACGAACAAGGUCAGGAUGCCAAACGUGCCGGGUCCGCAAGGUAAAAUGCGACGAAGCUAAGCCUGCAUGUCGGAACUGCGUCUCCCGCGGGCUGUCGUGCAAUACUACGCUGCAGUUAAAAUGGGAGGCUGAGUUUACUGCCAAGGGGCUCUCGUUUGGGAGGGAGGGUGUUUGGUGUAAGGAUGGGGCGAGACAGAGACGACCGCCGCAGGUUCAUGCGCCAAAGGUUUGGGGGUUUGGGGCUGUUGAGCCGAGACAUUUUAUCAAUACUUAUUAUAGUGACUUUGUUCAUGAUCCGAAUUAUGAAGAGAGUCUUGUUAGGGAGGCUAUGGAGUUGAGGGAUGAAACGGAACCGUCUUCAGCGCUUAUUCGGAGGUCACGAUCACCACCAAGACUUAUACCCUCAAUAUCAUCAUUCCCUACACUGAGCACCUUUGAAACGAGUCUUUUCGAAUACUAUCUCCUACGGUUAUGUCCUCUCACAACACCUUCUUCACAACUCUCAUCACCUUUCGCAAGCAUGGUCGCUCCUCUUUUCACCCAUGCCGGUCAGGAUCUUCUUGUCCAAUCCGUCCUCGCAUUCUCCGCUCGCCAUCGAAGCAUCACAGAUCCAUCAUGGACACAUACAGCAAUGAAGAUGAAAGGCAAAGCCCUCACCGGUCUUCUACAGAGAAUUCGAUCUCCAGAUGUCACAGCAGAUGUCAUUCUGGAUCCCCAAGUCCCUGCAACAAUGAUGUUCCUCUGCCUCUAUGAAAUCCUUGAUAACGGCGACUAUCGAUGGGUAUUUCACCUAAGGGCAAGUCAAGACUUCAUGAGGAAACGCCAACAACUUGCACUUCCAUCGAGUAAGAACUCGGCAUUUGGAAGUCUUGCUGCGUUUUCAGAGCGAUAUUUUGCUUUUCAAGAUGUUAUCAGCAGAACAGCAUGUGGAAAUUCACCUAUCUUUGGCCUGGAAUAUUGGCAAAGGCCGGAUCAUACGGAGGAUAUUGAUGCGUGGAUGGGUUGCAGCCCGGCCAUGGCAUCUGUGAUUUUCAAGAUCACUGAGCUUGCAAGGACACGUACCCGAGAUAUGUCUCAAGAGGACUAUGAGGUCCAAGUCGAGGAGCUUGAUAGAGAGUUGACGUUGGUCAGCUCCAAUAUCACUGUUGUUGAGGCGAUGGAUGAGAAUGUCAGACGAUGUGUCGAUCUGAAGAAGACUUCGGUGCAGAUAUACUUUCACUGUCUGCUUCGAGAUGCAGAUCCUUCUACACCACAAGUCUCACAGCUUGUUAUCAAGGUCUUGCAUAGUAUUCACAACCUCAUCCAACAGGGCAGCGCCGCAGGACUCUUAUUUCCUCUCUUUGUCGCCGCUGUGGAAUUAGACCCUUUGAACGACGAUAAGAUCUUCGAACACGGUGAUCAAGGCACUUUCUUAUCUGGAAGACAGCUUGUCUUGGAAACUCUUGAUGCCAUGGUAGGCUUGACGCUGGCGAAUGUUGAGAGAACAAAAGCGGUUAUUCUGAAAGUCUGGCGCAUGAGAGAUUUGCAUACCCAAAAGGAUACACCGGUUUUGGUUACCGGGGAUUUGAAUGACUGGAACACAUUCGUGAGUCCGUAUACACAAAAUCUGAAUUUGGCAUAG